CAAAAGUUGGCCUGUAGGUAAUACAGGGCAAGGGCAGGUGAGGUGACUCAUACCUGUUAAUUCUCGCACGUGUGAGGUUGAAGGAGGAGGAUCAGGAGUUCAAGACCAGCUUGGGCUCGGAAUGAGUUCUAGGCCUCGUGAGAUUUGUCUCAAAAAGGGGGCAGAGAAGGCGAAUGUAUUAAAAUAAUAACAACAACAAAAUAACAACAACGACAACAACAAUACAAAUCACUAAUGCCUCAGUACUCCAGCAUUGUGAACAGAGAGGAUGGAAUUGGGACACAUGAUUUGGCCCUGGUCUAGGUGCUGGUUGCUCACAGGCGCAGGUUGCACCUAUAGCUGAAUCCUGCUCCCGAGGCCCCCAGUAGCGAGUGGGCGAGCGAGCUAGGGGUUCACAGCAGCGCCCCAGGCGCGGAGGCAGGAGCGGGCGGGGGCCCAGCGGGCGCGCGGGGAGGUGCAGGCUUCAGGCUGGGGCGGCGCCUUCGCCUCCGGCUGCCGUAGGACCGCGAAGCUGCCGCUCCAUCGGCGACAUCUUGGUGGAGGACGCGCUAGGGCAAACGCUGUUCGCGCUGUUGCUGCUGCUGCGCCACGAUCUCUGCUGACCUCCAGAGAGCGGAGGGUAGAACACGCAAGAGCCUCCGCCCUCCGGUCCGGGCGGGGCUCCGGGUUUGAACCGCGCGGCGGGCCGCGCCUCCGAGUCGGGUCGGACCCGUAGGCGGCCGCGCGGAGCAGGCAGUCGGCAGCGCGCGGCACCAUGUCCCCGGGCAGCGGGGUGAAGAGCGAGUAUAUGAAGCGCUACCGGGAGCCGCGCUGGGACGAAUACGCGCCGUGCUACCGCGAGCUGCUGCGCUACCGCCUGGGCCGCCGGCUGCUGGAGCAGGCGCACGCGCCCUGGCUCUGGGACGCCUGGGGCCCGGACAGCCCCUCGGACAGCUCGGCCUCACCCAGUCCGGCGCCCAGGGGCGCGUUAGGGGAGCCCCCGGCGCCCUCCGCGCGGGAGGAGGAGCAGCCGGUGGGGGAGCGCGGCGCGGAGCUGCGGGACGCGGAGGAGCAGGACGCAGUGCUACCAGCACCACCGAAAAAGGACAUAGAAGAGAAGAAACCUGAAGAACACAGGACAAAAGAGACUGAGGGGGCGCCCAGCGGCUCCGGACCUCGACAACAGCCUAGUGCCUUAUGUGCCAGAGGAAGUAAAAAAGCCACCAGAAGCCCCCAAAGAUCGACAAGCAAGAUAAAAGAGAACAAGCACCCGUUUGCUCUUUAUGGCUGGGGAGAGAAGCAGAUGGACUUGGGGAGCCAGAAGACACACAACGUCUGCGCAUCGGCCUCCGUGCACGAGAUUCAUGAAUCAGCCCUUCGAGCCAAGAAUAGAAGACAGGUGGAGAAGAGGAAGCUGGCUGCCCAGAGGCAGCGGGCUCACUCGGUGGAUGUGGAAAAGAACCAGAGGGUAAAGCCGUCGUCUGCAGAGAACCCCUGGCUGACUGAGUACAUGCGGUGUUACUCAGCAAGGGCGUAGAUCCCGGGCCUCCUUUGGAGCGUUCAUGCAGGAAAAGGAAAACAAAAACUGGCAAAUGAGACCACACACAGGUGGAAGAAACUGGUCCUGCAAGGCCCCCCUUAGGAAAUGCCAAGAGAUGGUUUUGCUUUCAUGACAGUUGGUCACCUGCCUUAGUAGUGGGACAGACCAUGGAAGCCAUAGAUGCUGGCUUGUUUAUGAAGACAAAUCCCCAAGUCUUGAUAUUCUUGUAAGAGUUUUAUUUUAAAGAUUUUAAUCUUUGGAGAUACCCACACCGAGUGCCUUUAACCGGCUCUAGGCGCUUCCCACCCACCCCUCCGGUCAUCCAGUCAGAGUUGUCCUUUCUCCUCAACUCCAGAGUCCACGGCUGGCAGGGCAUCCUGUCCAGUUCGCCAUGCACGGAGCUGACACCCAGCUGAAAGCAGACAUGGAGAUCCGGUCUGUUCCUGACGAGCCAGAGCUUCGGCGGCUGCGGAAUGAUUACACUUGAUAGAUUUCCUUUCACUUCGUCUUCAUGUAGACUGUGAUAUUUAAGAAUUUUCUGGCCAGAGUGAGGGUCACCUUUUCUCCCUAAGUCAUCCCUAGGCUUUUAUUUAAUACGUAGUUUAAUAGCUCUGGUACAUUCCAGCGAGCGGCGUGCAGAGCAUGUUUACAGCAAUGAUGAAAUUUCUUUUGAGUUGCAUUCCUUUAACUGCAGGCAGCUGCUUAAGUCUGACCGCCGUUCCCCUCUUCUGAGAGAGAGAGCGCAGAUGAAGAUAUUGAGAACUUGUAAUCUGCAGUGACAUUUAACAAACUGGGUUUGUUUGGCCUGUGGGGAUGGGACCAGCAGACACCAUUAGUGUGUCCUUGCCUGCGUUAUGCUUCUCCUUCUACAGGAUUUAAUGACGGCAUCGUGCACAGUGCUGGUAGUCUGGGUUGGAAACCUGAUUGCUUGGUCUCUGGCUUGGCAAUCUUUGCUGCCAUGCUGUGGGAGAGAGAAUAGGGCAGGUGCUGGUCUGACUGUAACGUUCUUCCUUUAAUAGGGAACCACUGUCAGGGUUUAAAAAAGGUUUUAAAGAACAGGUUUUUCUAUGAGAUGGGUGCCUUCGCCACCCUGCAGAAGAGACUCCCAGAAGACGAGCGCCGUGUUCUUCCUGAGACAGGGAGAUCUUUUGCCUGCACCCACUCAGCAUCUGAGCUUGCUGGGUGAAACCCAGCGUUGGGCGUGUGGCUGAACAUUUCCACGAUAUUUUUACUUUGGGUUUUUGAGUAUGAUAAUUUCUAGAAGGCAGAAUGAUUUCAUUCCAUGUGAGAUUGUCACAGGAUGUCCUCUGAAGACUGUAUCAGGCUUUGAAAAUGCAUACUAAAGAAUCACAAGCGUUUUUUUUAAAAGCUUUUAAAAUAUUUACCUAGUUUUGUACAGUCCCUUGUGUACAGAGCCCUCCCUCUGAGGUGUAUAUUUAAUUAAAGAGUAAGUUCUACAUGUUGUCCAAAUACAACCUUGCUAGUGAUAACUGUGUUAACUGCAUAGUCCCCGAGUGUCAGGUAAGGGUGACUAGCAGGAGCCCAGGUUGCUGAGAAUCACUCUUUGUAAAGCCUACAUGUUCUACACCAUCAAACUGCACCUGACAAUCUCAGCAAGACAGGUGGGGGAGGGACACAGGACCCCAACCCUGGCCUUCAGACUGCCUCAGAAAACAGACAUGUAUCCUUUUGCAGGCUGGGGUUUGCUGAGAGGCCUGCUGGUAUCGUUACCAAAUUCUUUUUUUUUUUUUUUCUUCUUCCUUUUCUCGAGACAGGGAU